AGUUCUGGAAAACUGUACAAAUGACAUCUAUCCUGCUCCUGUGCUAGUUUAUUCAUAGCUGCAUCAUAGUUUUGUCACCUCUCUUCUAACUUGCUGAUUUUUUCAGGUCUGUUUCUAUGAGACUAGUGAGUUAACUUCAAAAUUUGAUGCUUGCCUGCCUCUACCUCGCUCGUGUUGUGGAUGUUUAUUCUGUUUUAGUUCUGAAGUUCCUCCAGCUUCUCCUAAGUAAAUCCUGGUUUUUCAAAGUCAGUGCUUUGUAGAUUUGCUCCUCGUUUCCUUCCUCAUCUGACAACUCUGCCUGUACAGACAGGACUAGAUGCACUCACGGCCUCCAUUGUCGUUCCUUCAACUCCCUUCUUUAUUCAGCAGCUUUUCAGAUGUCUUCUUUCAGAAGAACUGCACCUGGAGUACUAUGGCAGCAAACAAUAUAAUUGGGAAAUGUAUAGAUGCUGUUGAACUGUUAGCUGAACAGUGGGAAAAUUGGCUGAUUCAGUGGAAAGCUUUAAAUGCAGUAGCAAAAGCAGCUUUGCUCUCUGCUUUCAAGACCACAGGCACUCAAGCAGCACCUGCCUUUGGGAUGGGAGGACAGCAACCCUCAGGCUUUGGGCUGUCAAGCUUUCCUGUGAGCAGCAGCAGCAGCAGUACCAGUGCCAGCAGUUUCUCCUUUAAAGCCAGUUCCAGCCUCAUCAGUUCCACAUCAUCUGGGAGCAGCCCUGCUGCUGGGAGCUCUUCUGCUGCUGUAAAUCCUCCUGCAUUUGGGACAGCAUCCUCUCCUAGCACACCCCAGUCCAUGGGCUUUGGCAGCGCGGCCGCUCCAUCCGCAGCCUCCUUCUCCUUUAAAGCAGCUGCCACGGCUGGUGGCUUUGGGACUUCUGCCUUCUCAGGCUUUGGCAGUGGAACUUCUGCUGGGAACUCUGCAGGCACCACUCCAGCAGCCUUUGGAGCCUUUGGUGCCACCGGAGCCCCUUCUGGCUCACCCUCGAGCGGCGCUUUAUUUGGACAGAGCAGCAGUGCCUCUGCACAUCCUGUCACCUCAGCGUCUGCUGCAGCCACCAACUCCAGCCCUGCCUCAGAGAAGUUAUUCACUCCCAAGAGCGAACUGUCAGCUGAAGAGUGGCAACAGUUUGAAGCAAAGGAGUUCACAAUUGGAAAGAUUCCUCUGAAGCCACCACCAUUAGAACUUUUAAAUGCUUUUGACCUUUUAAGUUUAUUCUAAAAUGUUGUUAAUUUUUACUUACUUUCUCAAUUCUCUUCUGCACUAACAAAUGCAGCAGUAUAAACUUUUGAACCUUAUUUUUGGGCAGACUUUUUACAUCUGAGAAAUGAACUGUUGAAACUAAAAUAGAACACUUCCUUCUAUAUGCUGUCCUGUGAAAUUAUGCACAAAGUCUAUAUGAAAAAUAUGGUGUCAAAAGAAAGAAUGUUUCAAUCAGAUAUUUAAAAACUACUCUUGUAUCAAUGUAUUAUCUCCAAAUGUACAGUCCAUGGGAUGUAGGACUGGGCACAAAAGCUUUUUUCCCUAUUGCUCACACAAAUUGGUAUUGUAAAUUUAUUGGUGAGCCUUUACUGAUAGUUAUUACUGAAUGUGUGCCUUUGCUGUCCUUCUAAAAUCUGUUGCUUUAUUCCUCAGCUUUACUGAAACUAGAUGAUCGGUGAGGGAUGCCUCUAUAAUUUCCUCCACUCCCCUUCACUAAUUAUCAAAAUCUUCCAGCAUCCUAAUGUUUACAUCUUUAAGUUGACCCUUCCUGUCCAUAAAUGGUACAUGAAUUCAGGUCAAAAGGAGGGGCUAUUUCAGAGCCCAGAACCCCUGCCAAUCCUUUUGCCUUCUCUUAAUACCAUUCUCUUCUCAUCCACAUUAAAAAGGGGUUCAAUAUAGCCUACAUAUCCCACCAAUUAGGGCUAUGAGUCAGCAUGGUAGUUUGCAAAAGCUGAUACAUUCCUUCAGGAUUCUUUCAUUAUGAACCAACAGAUCAUUUCCAACUCAAAAAAUCAGACGUAGUGUAAGGAACAUGUCCAGAAAAAAAUGGCUGAUGUUCUGACCCCACUGCUUGUCUGUGCUCUAUAUUUUGAGUUGUAUCCUCUUUAUCCAUCUCUACCCUGCUGUUUUAGGGGUGUGGAAUAAAGGGAACUAACAUUUGCACAUAAAACCUCAUCCCCUUUUCCAACAUCCACUGUAAAAUAAUAUUAAUCUGCAAUGACACAUUUUCCCCAUACUCCAAUUGAUAAAGUGGCCACUAGUGAUGACAAUAUCUCUUCAUUUUAUCUUUAGUCACUGGUUCUCCCCUAAACACUUCCCAGCUUUUGGGGAUGCAACCUAGACGCUUUGGGGAAGAAUUGUGGAUUGGCAUGUUCCCAUCAUGUUAAUUUAAUAACAUUCAAGUUACACAAUUCUUUUACCCUUAGGUCCAGACCUUCAGUAGUUACAUGAUCCUAGUCCCCCUGACUGGUUACACUGAUAAACAUACACCGUUUGAAAGAGGAACACUGGUACACCAACCAAUCCCAGAAUUCUAUUCCCCUUUUUGCACUUAUGUAAGUCUCUCUGCAGCAUUAUACCUUGAGUUGCUCACCACCUUUAGACUGGAGAAGAUUUGAUGGGGUCCAUGAUCAGCUGGUCGGUAUGUGCUGCAGUCCUGUCUCAUCCAAUUCUCUAUUGCCAGAGGAAGCAAGAUGGUCUAGUCAAGGCUUUUGGCCAUCCCCCCUGGACACCCAGAACUCCCAAAUAUGGAUUCUACUGGGUGCAAGAAGCAGAUUUGCACACAGAGUAGAGUUCAUAGAAUAUCCUGACUUGGAAGUACCCCACAAAGAUCAUCAAUCCAACUCCUGGCCUUGCACAGGACCAUCCCCAAGAGUCACACUAUGUGCCUGAGCUCUGUCAAGUUGGUGCUGUGAUGAUUUGGUGCUGGUUGGGCACUGGAGCUUUCUCCAGUGCCCAACCAGCCUCUGGGUGAAGAAACUUUUUCUAAUACCCAACCUAAACCUCCCCAAACACAUCUUCAGGCCAUUCCCUCAUGUCCUGUCACUGGUCAGCGGUGAGGAAAGAUCAGUGCCUGCCCCUCUACUUUUGAGAAGUUGUAGACUGCAACUCAGUCUCAUCUCCUCCAGGCUGAACAGACCAAGUGCCCUCAGCUGCUCCUCAUAGAGUUUCCCCUCAAGCCCUUCUUGAUCUUCAUUGCCCUCCUUUGGAUGCUCUCUACCAGCUUUAUGUCCUUCCAGCACAGAGCCAAGCGGGACAAUCCCUUCCUUGCCUGGCUGGUGAUGCUGUACCUGAUGCACAGAGAUCUUUGUUACAUGGCUGUGCACAUGGGUGCUGGGUAGUGAAUCCCUAAAUGUAGCACAGCCUCUGUGUGCCAGCCACCCACUUUUAUACACUUCAAAUAGCAACAACUCAACAUCUCCAAGCUAUGCUGUACCUACAGUGAGAGGACUGAAGAAAAUGGCCUUAACCUGAGAUGGGGAAGAUUCAGGUUAGAUAAUAAAAAAAGUUUUUCACUGUUAAGGUGCUCAGGCAUUGGAAUAGAUUGCCCAGGGAGGUGGUGGAGUCACUGUUGAAUAUGUAGUACAAUUUUCCUAAGAAAGGAUGUUUGAUCUUUAUAUACUUUCAAGCCUAAUCAACAAGAAGGGAGAAUUAAUCCCUGAAAGGGAUAGCAGCUGGCAAGCUCUAAAUGAUGCUAAUGUGUUAGAAAGACAAAUUACUUGUAGGUAGAAUUGCCUUGUUAGGGUUCAGGGCUGGACAUGCUUCAGUGAUCUCAGACCUAGGUGAGGUUAACAAAGCUUGGGAAGAAGGAGUUACCACUGAUAGUGGACACAAAGAAUGCAGAAUUUACACACCACAGGAAUAUUUGUCAGAACCCCCAAGAUAAGGAAGAAAAUAAUAAAAACAACUCAGCAACUGUGCUGAAACCAGCUCUGACUGGGUAAAGGGUAAUUCCAGCAGGGGGAUCUGUGACCACUGGCUCAUGGACCACCAACCCAAAAAACCCAUGGGCCCACAAGAAGAGAAAGACUGAGUGUGCGGACUAAUUGACAUGAGAAGUGAGAGAAUAAUUAACCAAUGGAAAAUAGAAUACGAAUUAGUAAUAGAGCUGUAUAACUUGUAGCCAAUGAAUGCUAAUUCCUUUGUUUGCUAAAUUGUAUAAAUAGAAAAAAUUUUGAUAGUUGGUGUGCUUGAUUUGUGGAAUACCAUCUAGC